UCCAAAGUUCAUAGGGAGAUUAAGAGGAGACGAAGUAGAAUCAGGAGGCUACAAAAUGAAGACAUUCCUUUCCUCCUUUGUUUUCAUACAGGUUCUUGGCACUUCAGUUGCUGUGUACAAACAAUGGAUUCCAAACACAAAUUUUGAAAAUGCUUCUAACUGGGAUCAAAACCGAGUUCCAUGUGCCAAGGAUGUCAUCCUUUUUGGGAGUAGUAAGAUCGUAUCAGUUUUCGUCCAGGCAUCCCACUCCUUGACAGACAUGUACCUUCCGCUGAACGGAGAAUUAAUUAUGGCCCAUGGUGCUGGCUUUACAGCUUUCAACGGCAGUUACAAUCCAGGAUGUGAGACAGCUUCAGAAGUCACAUUUAAUAGUGCAGAGAAUUAUGAGUGGUAUGAUCCUACGUUAUGGCGUGCUGCAACCUCUUUGGAAAACUUAGAUCUGGGCAAAUACAUUUUCCUUGUGGAUGAAGAACGGGUUCCAUGCCAGUAUGAUGAUGUUAUUUUUCAGCCUGAAACAUCCUUCCAAGUGAACAUCACUUCUGAGCAGAUGAUACAGCUUAAGAGCAUUUCAAUCAUGGGGCAGAACUUCACCAGUGAUAGUACCCUGACAGAAUAUAUGCAGAGCUCUUCUGCAAAGCUUCAGUUCCGUGGGCGAGGGACAGUCCGGUUAUCACAUACCAGAUGUCCAGACAAAUCUGGCUGUGAAUGUGGAAACUCAGCAGCCCAUGAGAGAAUCUGUGCUGCCUUACUCCAGAAUUCCAGGAAUCAAUGUCCAGUGGUUAUGUGCACUGAUGCAAUAAAGCCUGAUGGUCAUUGCUGUGAAAUAUGUGGAGUCAUCAUUACCUUGAAAUACUCUGCUGAUUUUGAUAUUGAACUCUAUCGAGACAGAAUAUUCCACACUUUUCUGAAUCUGCCCAGGAAUAAAGGUAUUCAGAUGGCCAUGUCCAAGGUGCAAAAAUUGCAGACUCCCUUGAGAAUUGUGCCACAUGGUUUAGACUCAUUCAUCCAGAUUGUGCUAAUUGACAAUAAAACUGGACCCUAUGCUGGAAUUCAUGCUGAACAGCUGGCUAAUGACAUCAUGAAGGAUAUAGCAGAGCAUGGAAAAUCCUUAGGCAUUGUGACAGCCAACUUACAGGUAGCCAUUGGCAGCAACUGGAACGCUCAAGGAAUGAGCAGCCACACUGGUGCUAUGAUUGCUGGGAUUGUCAUAGGAAUCCUCCUUGUCCUGCUCUUGUUGGGAAUUAUUCUGCUUCUUUAUAAAAAUGGCGCAUUAAGAUUUCUCUCCUCUCUGCACCUUUCCUCUUUGUGGAACCGAAAAAAGGAUCAAGAAGAUUGUGGAGGAACAAUUGAGGAAGGGUUUGAUAAUCCUAUGUUUGACACACCAUGUAACCCAACUGCUUUAGCCAAUAGACACUCUAUGGAAGAGACUCAGGAGGAGAUGGCAAGCAAAAAUAGCAAGCUUUAUUACAUUAACCCUUUAUAUGAUGAAACAGAAUUUAAUGCUUAAAGUCAAACCUGUAUGGCUAAGUCUUUCCCACUCAUGCAUUGCUUACAGUUUCAACUCAAAAAACUCAAAAUCACUGUUUACCCGUAUACACAGAUUUCAUUCAUGCAGUUGUGUGCAUUAUACCAAAGUCAAUUUGAUGUGGCCUCUAUUAAAUUGUGAGUAAUUUUGUAAGUGAAGAGUAUAGCCAACUAAUAAAUGGAGCUUAUCAUAAGCAAUUAUAUUUCUAAUCAUUUAUAGUUGUAUUCUCCCCACUUGGUGUCCUCCAUAUCUGGUGAAAUUGCAACCUCCAGAAUUUCAAGCAACAUUUUCCAAUUU